AUGGAAUCAACUCCAUUUAAUCGACGGCAGUGGACUUCACUAUCAUUGAGGGUAACGGCCAAAGAACUUUCUCUUGUCAAUAAGAACAAGUCAUCGGCUAUUGUAGAAAUAUUCUCCAAGUACCAGAAAGCCGCUGAAGAAGCAAACGCGGAAAAGAGGAGAAAUAACACCGAAAAUCUCCCCCAGCACUAUAGAAGGGGAAUCCUGACUGCGUUAAAGAAGAAGUGGGAGAACCCAGUGCUGGGAGCUGAGUCUCACACAGACUCUCCGCGAAACAGCAGCACUGAGGUCAGACACAGAGACGACCAUCCUCCUGCUGAAGUGGUGAGCAACUCUGCCUCUGGGGCUGAGGCUAAACGAGGGGAACAGGUCCAUCCCAGACCCAGACUUGGAUCACCCGCUGAAGCCCACAUUCAGGAUCCGUAUCCCCGCAUUGGGGACAGUGACCCUCUAAAAGACCACUCAACAGAAAAGAACAAAAUGGAAAACUGUCUAGUAGGAGAAUCCAGGCAUGAAGUAGGAAAGCCUGAAAUCAGUGAAAAUACAGAAGCUACAAACAAAAUAGAGAAAUACAACGUUCCGCUGAACAGGCUUAAGAUGAUGUUUGAGAAAGGCGAACCAUCUCAAACCAAGAUUCCUCGGACCCAAAGCCGAAGUGCAGGUGGAAAGAGGAUCUCUGAAAACAGCUAUUCUCUGGAUGAUUUGGAAAUAGGGCCAGGUCAAGUGUCAACUUCUGUAUUCAAUUCGGAGAAAAGUGAGACUAGGCGAAAUCUGGAGAUCCCACGCCUGUCAGAAACCUCCAUAAAGGAUCGAAUGGCCAAGUACCAGGCAGCUGUGUCCAAACAAAGCAGUUCCACCAACUACACCAAUGAAUUGAGAGCCAAUGGCAGUGAAAUCAAAAUUCAUAAGUUGGAACAAAAGGAGAACGUGCCCCCAGGUCCUGAGGUCUGUAUCUCCCAUCAAGAUGGAGAAAAGGUUUCUACAACUGAGAAUAGCCUGGCAGUCCGUUCCACCCCUGCUGAAGUUGACUACCCAGGUAACUCCCAGGUUAAGAGUGAGGUCCAGCAGCUUGUCCAUCCCAAGCCACUAAGUCCAGAUGCCAGAGCCUCCAGCCUUUCUGAGAGUUCUCCUCCCAAAGCAGUGAAGAAGUUUCAGAUACCUGCAAGAGAGACCUGUGUGGAAUGUCAGAAGACAGUUUACCCGAUGGAGCGUCUCUUGGCCAACCAGCAGGUGUUUCAUGUCAGCUGCUUCCGUUGCUCCUAUUGCAACAACAAACUUAGUCUUGGAACAUAUGCAUCAUUACAUGGGAGAAUCUAUUGCAAGCCUCACUUCAAUCAGCUCUUUAAAUCUAAAGGCAACUAUGAUGAAGGCUUUGGGCACAGACCACACAAAGAUCUCUGGUCAAGCAAAAAUGAAAACGAGGAGACCCUGGAGAGACCAGCCCAGCUUCCGAAUGCAGGAGAGACCCCUCAGAGUCCAGGGGUAGAAGAUGCCCCCAUUGCUAAGGUGGGUGUGCUCACCGCAAGUAUGGAAGCCAAGGCCUCCUCUCAGCCAGAGAAAGAAGACAGGCCGGCUGAAACCAAGAAGUUAAGGAUCGCCUGGCCGCCCCCCACUGAACUUGGCAGUUCGGGAAGUACAUUGGAGGAAGGAAUAAAAGUAUCCAAGCCCAAGUGGCCUCCUGAGGAUGAAGUCAGCAAGCCUGAAGCCCUGGAGGAUGUAGAUCUGGAUCUGAAGAAGCUGAGGCGAUCUUCUUCACUAAAGGAAAGAAGCCGCCCAUUCACUGUAGCAGCUUCAUUUCGAACCACUUCCGUCAAGAGCCCCAAAUCCUUGUCCCCACCUUUCAGGAAGGGCUGGAGCAUGUCAGAGCAGAGUGAGGAGUGUGUAGGAGGAAUAGCAGCAGGAAGGAAGCAAGUGGAAAAUGCCGAUGCCUCUGAGAAGGAUGGGAGCAUGGGAAAAACAACCUGGCAAAACAAGGAAUCUGAAGGAGAGGAGACCGGGAAGAGGAGGAGUAAGGAAGCUUAUGGUUUUGAGAUGGGGAGUGAGACUCUUGUAGAAAACGGUGCAAACUUAGAUGAAGAUGAUAGAAACCUUUUCAAACAGCAGUCUCCACUGGAGCCCAAGUCUCCAAAUUGGUCCGGCUUUGCAGACAACACCUCUCCUAAAGAAUUCACUACUCAGAAUGAGAAGUCCCAGGAUGUGGGAUUCUGGGAGGGAGACGUAGUCAAAGAGCUGUCUGUGGAGGAGCAGAUAAAGAGAAAUCGGUACUAUGAUGAGGAUGAGGAUGAGGAAUGA